GUGGCGGGGGCGGGGUGUCGGCGGCAGAGCUCCGGCGUCGGCUCGGGGCAGGUGGGCUCGGGACGCAGCGCGUGCCAGGGUCCGAGGUAGGCACAGGGAGCAGUAUCCGGACCCCGAGCUUGGGCCACCGGGGGAGGACUCUACGUUCGCCUGUGGGAGAGGACGAGAGAGGAGCCCACCCCAAGAAACUUCUCCCCCCUUGGGGAGAGGAGGCACAGUGCGGAGCGACGCCGGCAUCGGACAAGUUGGAGCUGCUGAGCCCCGGGGCUGCGUUCGGAGCCCCCUCCCACACGCGCGCUGAGCGCAGCUAGCGGCGUCCGGCGAGGAACAAGCGGCGGUCCUUUCCGCGAGGGUCAGCUACCCGACUGCGGGCAGCUGGGAAGGCCGCUGCCCGGCGCGCAAGCCCCUCUACCCUGCACGCGGCCACUCGCUUUGCGGCCAGAGGAGGUAACAUAAGCGGCCAGGCAGGUUUGUAGGCUGGAGACACACACCGAUCGUCACCCCCAAAGGUCCCCCUGGUCUCCGGGGUUCUCUUCUACAUCCCGGAGUCGUGCCCCCUCCCCCUCAGCGCGGAGCCCCAGGCGGGGACACCCCGUAUUGGACGCCCCCAAACAUCCGUGCACCUGGCUCAACCGGAGUCCCCCGUGGCGGGGCAGGGCAGGGCUGCCGGCGGCGAGCCGGAGCCAGCCCAGCGCCCCGGCCCCGCCGAGUCCUCGGAGCCCACCCAUGGGUCAUCCACUGCUCCGCGGGCCUCCUCGCCCUGUCGCGCUCAGCCCAGCUCUGGGCGCCACGCGCAGGAGGAUCCGUACGCAGUGACCCUGGAGCCUCCGCAGACCGCGGGAGACUCGGCGGCCGGAGCGGCAGCCGGUUCCCCGCACCUCCAGGAGCUUCCAGGGAGCCCUCCAAGCCGUGCUCGGGGUCCAUCCCGCUGUUCACAGCCCAGAGCCAUGAUGAAGACCCUGUCCAGUGGGAACUGCACACUCAAUGUGCCUGCUAAGAACUCCUACCGCAUGGUGGUUCUGGGUGCCUCCAGAGUGGGCAAGAGCUCCAUUGUCUCCCGCUUCCUCAAUGGCCGCUUUGAGGAUCAGUACACGCCCACCAUCGAGGACUUUCAUCGCAAGGUGUACAACAUCCACGGGGACAUGUACCAGCUGGACAUCCUGGACACCUCUGGCAACCACCCAUUCCCUGCUAUGCGCCGGCUAUCCAUUCUUACAGGAGAUGUCUUCAUCCUGGUUUUCAGCCUGGAUAGCCGGGAGUCCUUCGAUGAGGUCAAACGCCUCCAGAAACAGAUCCUGGAGGUCAAGUCCUGCCUGAAGAAUAAGACCAAAGAGGCAGCAGAGCUGCCCAUGGUGAUCUGUGGCAACAAGAAUGACCACAGUGAGCUGUGCCGUCAGGUCCCUGCCAUGGAGGCGGAGCUGCUGGUGUCUGGUGACGAGAACUGCGCCUACUUUGAGGUGUCAGCCAAGAAGAACACUAAUGUGAACGAGAUGUUCUAUGUGCUGUUCAGCAUGGCCAAGCUACCCCACGAGAUGAGCCCUGCACUGCACCAUAAGAUCUCUGUGCAGUACGGUGAUGCCUUCCACCCCCGGCCCUUCUGCAUGCGUCGCACCAAGGUCGCAGGUGCCUAUGGCAUGGUCUCACCCUUCGCCCGCCGCCCCAGUGUCAACAGUGACCUCAAGUACAUCAAGGCCAAGGUCCUGCGGGAGGGCCAGGCACGAGAGAGGGACAAGUGCAGCAUCCAGUGAGAGGCAGGGACAUCGGGGAAGGGGCUUGGGCAGUGCCUUAAGGGAGGUGGCUCAGGAUUCCCACUGCCCACAUCCCACAGAGGGCCCUAGGUGUGUACCCUGUGCUCAUUCUCUUGAUUCCUGGCCACCUCCUGUGAGCUACGAAUGUGGUUCCUUUGUGGGAGGACAGAGACAUAUCUGGGGACAUUUUAGCACUCAUGCCGAGACAAGCUUUCAGUGUCCUUAGAGUGGGAGGGAUGCAGAAAGGACAGGAGUCCUGCGUCAAAGCAAGAUGCUCAGUACAAGUCACAGGAUGAGAACAUCUUAGCCAGAUGUCCCAGCCAGAUUCCCUGGUGGCCUCUGCUCCCUCUGUUCGGACCAGCUUGGUCUCUAUGCCCCUGGAGAAUCCAUCCUCCUGGGUCUUCAGCUCCUGCCCUCUGGCCCAGCUGUGUACACUCUUCCUCCCCCACAACUUAGUCCCUGGCCACCCUGACUGUGAGCCAACUGAGAGAGAAAGGGGGGAGGGGGAGAGGGAGAUGGAGACAGAGACAGAGAGACGUGCCUGUGUCCCUCAGACCACUGCCUCUUGGCUCCACUCCCAGACUCCUCCAUAUGACAUUUCUCUUUGUUUUGAAGUGUUUCCUGUUCUGUUUGUAGUAGUCAUGAAGUCCUUGUACUGUAAGAGCCCAAUGACUUGUCUUGGUCCAGGCUUCCCAAUUCAAAUCCAUUGCUUUAGCUGGGGUCUCCCUCCCUGCCCUCAGGCGGGCUGUGCAGCUGGGUCCUGCCCAGUGUCCAUCAGCUUACAAAGAGCCCACAACAGCAGGACUCUCCUGCUCUCCGGAGAGGAUACUGGGCUUUGAGAGAGUGACUGAACCCCUAACAAGUUCAGGACAGAACUCUGACUAGAUGCAACUUUCUUCUGCUGUAGUUCUUAAACAUCUGCUAAGCACCUACUACAUACUGGGUCUCUUGUGUGCUAGGCACCAGAGAGCGAGGGGUCCUGUAUUUCCCCAGCUCCGGCCUCUGCCCACCCAUGGUGCCCCUUCUGCACACACAGCUGUUGGAGGGAGUGGAGCAGCUGAGAGCCAGAGCCAAGUCCAGGACAGAUUGGAAGGAAGACUUGGUGGCACUCUUCUUAGUGUUCAGGCUAUGCUAGGUACACAGGAGUGGAGGUGAGGGAUGACUCUGACCCUGAAAACCAAAGUUUCUGUUCACCAACUCUUAAUACAUCUGUGCUUUAGUCUUAAUAGUACUGUGUCUGGCCCGUUGAGACGGCUCAGUGGGUAAGGUCACCUGCUGCCAAGCUUUCAACCUGAGUUUAGUCCCGGGGUCCCAUGUGAUGGAAGGAGAGAAGGAACUUUGACCUCCACACAUGCAUCAUGGUACCCCCCUCCACAUACACAAAGUAGUGAAGCUGGUGGUUGUCAGAAACCGUAGGAAGCUACUAGUGCAUUCUCAAGGCCCAGGUCACUCACUGCAAGCUAGGCCAGCCAUGGGCCUUCCAUACACACCUCGUCAUACCUUGUCUUCUUGGAGCUCCCAGUGGCAGGGAUUUGGAUCAUGUUACACACCCCUCCCCCAGAGCAAUCACUGAAGUUAUCUGUGGAUGCUGUGUGCAUUGUAGCCCUUAGCACACACCAGGCCCAGGCCCAGGCCCAGCCUUGACUCCAUACACACCUCAACACCUGCUGCUCAGCACGACUGCUUCAGCACCUGCUUCUGUCCUGCAGUAACCCCAGCCCCAAUUCUGAGAGUGUACCAGGUACUUGCCCAGGCAGGUGUAUGGCCUGGUUCCAUCUGUUCAAGCUCCACUGCCUGGACCUCUGUGUACACUAUCAAUUAAAGUUGGUUUGUUAGC